AUGUCAACACCGCAUCCUUUUGACCCACUCUCCCCGGGGGAAAUUGUCAAGGCAGCAACAAUUGUGCGCCGCGAGCUCCAGGGGAAAGACCCUAAUUUCCGUGUGAUCACUCUCAAGGAGCCGCCCAAGCGGGAGAUGAUUUCGUUCUUGGACGGGGGCCAUCGUGACCAAACUCAUCCCCGACCUGUUCGAGCUGCACGCGUUCAGGUUACCAUUCGGGGUGAUUCAUGCCCAAAUGAAAUGGUGGAGCUGAUCGUCAAUCUUGACUCGGGGUUGAUCAUCAAGAAAGAGCACCUAGUCGGGAAGCAUCCAUAUAUCGACUCUGCAUAUAUGCAAGCCGCCGAGAAAGCAUGCAGGGCGGACCCCAGAGUGGAAGCAGAGAUUCAGUCGCUCAAACUCCCCGAUGGUGCCAAGGUUGUCGUUGAACCAUGGGCGUAUGCUACGGACGGAAUGAAUGAUAUGUCCGCACGUACCACGAUGUGCUGGUUCUACAUGCGCCUUGUCGACCAUCCGGACGCCAAUUACUACGCAUACCCACUUGAUCUGUGUGCCGAAGUUUCGGAGGAUUUGCAAGUGACCCGAAUCUACCAUCUGCCCUCGUCCGAAGACGAGCGCAUCCGCAAAGACGCCCGGCCAUAUGAUCAUAGCAAAGUCCACCCGACGGCGCUGAGCGAGUAUCAUCCUGACUUGCGGCCGCCACCCCGUACAACCACCAAACCCUAUCAAGUGAUUCAACCAGAGGGCCCUUCAUUCUCAGUCGAGGGCAACCUGCUGAGCUGGGAGAAAUGGUCCAUGCGCGUGGGGUUCAAUUAUCGCGAGGGCCUGACCCUUCAUGAUAUUCGGUACGAGGGCCGCAGCCUCUUCUACCGGCUGUCGUUGGCGGAGAUGUUCGUGCCCUAUGGUGAUCCACGAACUCCGUACCCCCGCAAAGGGGCAUUCGACCUCGGGAACGAUGGCGCCGGAAUGAACGCAAAUAACCUCCGCCUGGGCUGCGACUGCCUAGGGCUGAUCAAGUACUUUGACGGCUGGCAUAACACUGCCGGUGGCGAGCCACUCAAACUCCCGAACGUGGUCUGUUGCCAUGAGCAGGAUGAUGGGAUCCUUUGGAAACACACGAACCACCGCACACAGAACGCAGUCGUGACUCGCUCCCGAAUCCUCGUGCUGCAGACAAUCAUCACAGUCAGCAAUUACGAGUACAUCUUCGCCUUCCACUUCAGCCAAGACGCGUCCAUCCACUACGAAGUGCGCGCCACCGGCAUCCUGUCAACCGCCCCCAUCAACAACGACCACGUAGGCUACGGCACGGUCGUUGCGCCAGGCGUCCUCGCGCCCUACCACCAACACCUCUUCUCCCUCCGCAUCGACCCAGCCAUCGACGGUCACGCGAACUCCUUGCAGGUCGAAGAAUCACACGCCAUGCCGAUCAACGACCCUGAUGUGCACAACCCCCUUGGCGUGGGCUAUACCACGCAGUCCAAAAUCAUCACCACAGAAGGCGGAUUAGACCUGGACUUUGCGAGCAACCGCACCUUCAAAAUCAUCAACGAGGGCAAAGUCAACCCUAUCACCGGCACGCCCGUGGGCUUCAAGCUGCUCCCGUGCUACAGCCAGAUGUUGCUCGCGCACCCGCAGUCCUACCACGCGCGGCGCUCCGAAUUCGGCAGCCACGCCGUCUGGGUGACGCGGUAUCAAGACGACGAGCUCUUCCCGUCGGGCCAGCACACGAUGCAAUCCCUUGGUGGAGAGGGCAUUAGCUCGACGAUCGAGUCGCGCAAGGGCGACGUCGCGGCGUCGGGUGUGCGUAACGAGGAUAUCGUCGUCUGGCACACGUUCGGGUCGACGCAUAACCCGCGCAUCGAAGAUUGGCCUGUCAUGCCCUCGGAGAAGAUGAUCGUUGGUCUGAAACCGGUCAAUUUCUUCACGGGCAAUCCUGGCCUGGAUGUUGCCGUAUCGACGCAGGAGCAGAAUCAGAGUGUUUUGGUCGGGGAUGAGACUGGGUGCAAGACGGGUGUUUGUCCACGUUUGUAG